AUGACGCCCACCGACACGCUCAAGUUCAUGAACCAGGGAAACACCGGACAAUCAUGUAAGCGAAGUUUAUUUUACAAGUGGCACGGGAGAUUUUCAAAUGGGAGAGAGGACAUCAACGAUGACAAACGAGCAGGAAGACCGGUAACCAGUGACUCAUUGAAGCUAGCUGUUGCAUCCGAGCUUUCUACCGACAGACGAAGAAGCAUCGACGAACUUGCAGAUAUGUUUGAUUUAUCGCACGGCACAAUGCAUAAAAUGAUUACAAACGAUCUGGGAAUGAGGAAAGUCUCAGCACGAUGGGUGCCGCGACUUUUGUCGAAAAAUGAAAAAAAAAACGUGCGCGUGGAAACGUCACAGUGCUUUCUGGCACGUCACGCCAGAGAAGGCGACCAUUUCUUAAAUAAAAUCGUCACGUGCGAUGAAACAUGGCUACACUUCUAUGACCCUGAAACAAAAGCUGAGUGA